GUAAGUUUUUCUCUAGUCAGUUGUGAUGUGAACAGCGGUCCGUUGGCGAGCGUCUCAUUUCAGCGUAUUUGAUGUUUUUACAAAGGAUUUACCUUCAUAAUUCUGCGGUAUGAUGUUCCUAAUGACCUAUUCAAUGCCCUCAGCUCUCCACUGGCAGGCGGGCCCUUGGAUCUGCGGCUGAUGCGGCUCAGUAACGGCAGAAGCGGCUGCUGGAAUGUUCCGUCAGGGCAGCAACAGUGGGAAUAAGCGCUUGGCAAGCGGUGCUCGUCUCUCCCAGCCCAACAUCCCUGUGUCCCCGUCACCCGGGUCCAACAAAACACAAGAAAUGGGCCGCAGCUCUAAGACGAACCCCCUCGAUGCAAUGGGCCUGGACCAUACCAUCACCGCCCCAGGAGGAGACCCUGAAUACAUCAUGCAACUGGUCAAUGAUGUGCGCAAGUUUUCUGACGUGCUGCUGAGCCUAAAGGAGGCUUUUCACUCCAAAGAAAAUCAAGAGUGCUCGCAGCACGUGGUCAACGAGCGACUUGAGGAGCUCGUACGCGUGUUGAAGGUCGUCAUUGGCAAACACCAGCCGCUGAACUCGUCGGAAAUCCUUGGUGCUGCUGGCACCGUUAUCGCCAAAGUCAAAGGCGUGAACGUCAAGGAAGUCAAUAAAGAAAACAAAGGCACUAUAUUUGGUGAGAUAUACACAUCGAUCGACACUUUGGCAUUCACCUUUGGCAAUGUAGUGUCUGACUUCCUUAUGGGAGAUGUGGACAGUGGCUCCAGGUUGGGGUACCCCCAAGCCAGAAGAAGUUGUUCUUUUGAUAACCUCUCUGAAGAUUCACGGGGCUGCAGUCAAAAUGAUCUGGCAGAUCAUGCUCUGUCUCCAGAGCUGUCCACUGUGGAGCAGGUGGACCUCCUCCUGCUGAAGAAUGACAGUGGAGUAGAGUCGGCCUUGCUCUAUGCCAAAGCCUGGUCCAAAUACACCAAAGACAUGUUGGCCUGGGUGGAAAAACGCCUCAGCUUGGACAUGGAAUGUGCAAAAGGUUUUGCCAAGAUGGCAGAAUCUGCAAAGGCAGUAGCAAGUCAGCAGGACUACAUGCCAUUCCGGGAUAUUUACGUCUCUGCCUUUAAAAAUGAGAUCGAGUACAAUCAUGUUCUGCUCCAAACGGCUACAGCUCUUCAAACCAACAAAUUCAUACAGCCACUACUGGCCCGCAAGAAUGACCUGGACAAGCAGAGGAAAGAGAUAAAGGAACAAUGGCAAAGAGAGCUGAAGAAAACGAGCGAGGCCGAGAACGCUUUGAAGAAGGCUCGUCUGCUGAAGGUGCAGAAGAGAGAGGAGUACGAGAAAGCACGCAGCUCCACCAGCCGCACCGAGGAGGAGCAGCCAACAGCAGGAGGCAGGACUCUGGAGAAGAAGCGGAGGGUGGAGGAAGAGGCCCUACAGAAGGCAGAGGAAGCGCAGGAGCAGUAUAAAGCCUGUGUGGCUGAUCUAGAGGCAAAGAAAGUCGGCUUGUCAAGCACUAAGAGUGAGAUCCUCACUCAGAUUCGGAAGCUGGUCUUCCAAUGCGACCUGACUCUCAAAGCGGUGACAGUGAACUGGUUCCAGAUGCAGCAGGCUCAGACUGUGCCUCUAUCUGUAAACUACCAAGCUCUCAGUGAACAGGCCAAAAAAUAUGAGCCAGGCCAGCGCUACUCGGAGUUUGUGUGCAGCUUGCCUAAAGAGCGAGUGUGGCUGGAGUCUCUGUCUCAGGACAUCACCACUUCCUCAAAAACUGGAAUGUCCAUUCAUAAGAGGUCUCAGAGCAGCACCCGCUCGUCCCAUGGGAAUCUGUCACAGGAUUCUGUUACCUCUGCGGAUAACCAGAGUGCAGAUGAGGUCGAGGGUACCGUACAACCCUGCAAAACCAAGAUCGCAGAGAGACGGUCCAAUAGCAGUAUAGACAUGCAAGUGUUAAGGACGCAGGGUUCACAGCGGGCCUGGAGCUCAGGCAGUGCUGGCGGUGGAGGGAUGUGCAGUGACUCAGAGAGUGCUGGGGGAAGCAGCGAGUCUCGCUCCAUGGACUCCCCCACAGCCAGUCCAGGGGAUUUCAAACGCAGGCUUCCCAGAACUCCCUCAACUGGUACCAUGUCUUCUGCAGAUGACCUGGAUGAGAGGGAACCACCUUCCCCAUCAGAUAAUGGCCUCUCUGAGAUGGUGCUGGAAGCGGCCAGUUCUCCCGGCCCUUUCCGCAAUACUCAGAUGUCAAAAGCAGCGCACACCCACAAGUUGCGGAAACUGAGAGCGCCUUCCAAAUGCAGAGAGUGUGACAGUCUGGUGGUGUUCCACGGGGCUGAGUGUGAAGAGUGCUCCUUGGCCUGUCAUAAGAAAUGCCUGGAGACUCUUGCCAUUCAGUGUGGUCAUAAGAAGCUCCAGGGCAGACUGCACCUGUUCGGGAUUGACUUCGCCCAAGUAGCUAAGAACAGUCCCGACGGCAUCCCCUUCAUCAUAAAAAAAUGCACCUCUGAAAUCGAGAGUCGUGCCCUGAACAUUAAGGGCAUUUAUCGUGUGAAUGGGGCGAAGUCUCGUGUGGAAAAGCUGUGCCAGGCCUUUGAGAAUGGAAAGGACUUAGUGGAGCUUUCUGACCUCCACCCACAUGACAUAAGCAACGUGCUCAAGCUUUACCUAAGACAGUUGCCAGAGCCGUUGAUUCUGUAUCGGUAUUAUAAUGAUGUCAUUGGGCUGGCAAAAGAGACUCAGAACCUGGAUGAGACUGACUCUGCUAAAGAGAAAUCACCAGGGGAGCAGCUGUGCCUCAGCAUUGAGCUUAAAAGAGUUCUCUUCAAAAUUAGAGACCUCCUUCGCCAGCUUCCUGCAGCCCAUUACAGAACCCUGCAGUUCCUCAUCACACAUCUGCACAGAGUAACAGAGCAAUCUGAGGAGAACAAGAUGACGGCUAGUAACCUGGGUAUCAUCUUCGGUCCCACGCUCAUCAAGCCAAGGCAGUUGGAAGCGGAAGUGUCGCUGUCCUCUCUGGUUGACUACCCCCACCAGGCCCGCAUGGUGGAACUGCUCAUCAGUUACCACCAGAUGAUCUUUGAUGUCCCCCUCAGCCCUGUGUCUCCCACCAGUCCUACGGCAUCACAGGCUUCACUUGUGCCCAACAUCCAGGACAAAGAGCCAAAACUAAGCCGCCACUCCCGAUCUCUCAUGGAUAUCAAAGAGAGUGCGAAAGUCUACAAGAGACACUCGUCUGUGAUUACCUCUGCACAGCUAUUGGGGGAAGUGAAGGAGAUGAAGUCAGGGGAUGAUAGAGCGCAAACACCUGUGGGUGAGGGCUCAGAUAUAAAUGGGGUUGACUCAGCUCCUUUGGACAUGCAGAAGGCCACAUCUGUGUUCAGCCGGCCCGGUGCCAACAGCCGAUUGGUGCAGCUGCGUCCCCAGCGCUCCAAGCAGGUGUCUCGACCAAUCAGCAUGCCCGUGGACCGACUGCUCAACGAGCGCAACAGCCGCAACACCGUGGAGAAUGAACACUCAUCUGCCGCCAUUCAGGAGACCAGUGAACCGGAGAAGCCUUCGACACCACGACUCUCAAACUGUUACAGGAACCCCUUCAUCGACACUCAGACGCUGAGGAGGACUUGGGACAGACAGUACAGACAUUACGAUGUGACACCCAGAACUGCAAUGAUAGUGGCCAACCUGCCACCUUCUGGCGGGCCGAAACCGUCUGAAAUUAGUGUUGUACCCCACAGCAUCGCUGCUAGAAAAGAUGGUACAAGUCAGUCCAGCGGGGCUCCAAUAUCCUUCCGAGCUCCACGGACACUAAAGCCACCUCCUGGAACGUUCUACAGACCUCCAUCAGGAGGCCCAUUCAGGUCAUUUGACUCCCUGUCAAAAACCGUUUCAGCAGCACCAACCACUACUUCAGGAACAGUUUACACAACAGCCAUUACCAUAUUACCAACAGCAGCAACAGUCUCCACAGCAGUGACGACGCCCCCCGCCACACCGCCAACAGUGACUAUCGCUCUAACGCCCAAGCCCACUUUUACAGCAGUGACAAGCACUGUAUCAGGAGGAGCGGAAGAAGGACUGUCGGAAAGCGAAUCGCUAAGCCCCAUCACGCUCUCGCCGCCUCAGUCUCCAGGAUCCAGCGCUGAGGAGUUUAACCCAACAGACGCCAAACCCCUCUAUCAGAGGCGCAGUCGCCGUAUGCAGGAGCUGGAGCAGCGAGAGGCGCAUUUUGUUUAAAAAAACGCCUGACUGUUAAAAAAGCCAAAUCUGUUGGCUUCUGGGCUUGUUCUCUAGGGCAGUUUUUGUCACGCUUGGUACAGUAUUCUCCUGAUAUGUGACAGUGACUGAUUCCUCCACAGCCCUCACAAUGUCAAUGUUAAUAGUCUAGUAGAUCUGUCUACGGCUUUAUAUCUGUAUGUCUUUUUGUGCCAUACUGUAUAUAUGAAAUUGUUUUAAUAUUAUCCCUUUGAGAAAGGGCAAAAAUAUUACAGGAGAGGUGAAACAUCUCCGUGAAUUUCUUUCUGGAUUACUAGCUCUUUGUUAAUGUCCCUUUAAGCUACUGUAUGAGCCCGAAAUAUCAGCAAAGGUCCAAAACAUUUGUGACAUUCACUUAACUGUAAGUGAGCACUCUUUUAUGUUAUUUUUGUAUAUGGUUUCUGAACAUUUAUCCCAAAUGUGUCUCAUUCUCAUUAUCUCCUUCACUGUGAUAAGAUGGCCAAGAGACACUUCUAUAUCAUUACAUAAUCAGUUAUAUUAAUGUGUUAUUAAAAUCAGAAUUUCUGUGUAAUAAUUGUUUCAACUCAACAGGUGUGUAUAGUAUUGUCUGUACUGUACUGUAAAUGUAUGCCAACCUGUUCAUUCUG